AAAUGUGUGAUCAAUGACUCAAUUGUAAACCAUAUUUUGAGUGAAGCGCACACAUUAUUCCUUUGGACAUAUAUAUAUAUUCAACGUUUUGUCAAACAAAACUAUACGAAUCGAAACGUGCUCUCUAUACAACGUUUUGAGAGAAGAAGAAAAAAAACUAGUAAACGAAUCGACAAAGAAUCACGCGUAGUUGGCUAGUGUUUUGUUUAUUUAUGAAAAUUAUCGAGAAGAAAAGGGAAGAAAAAGAAGAGGAAAAACAAACCAUAGAACGAUUAGUACGCAUCGGUGUUUUAAUUACCUUACGAAAUAAAGGAACAAAACUGCAUCGAAAUCACCCAAAGGAAAAUAUUUCAUACCGCAAUUUUUGAGGAUAUCCCGCAUUCUCUGGAACUUCGAUUGAAGAUGUCCGCACACCUCACCAUCGUUUUGACAAUAGCAUUUGCAAUGAUUGUAAAUGCUCGCAUUGUCGUUGCGCGCUCAGCAUCCAUGCUGCCAGCUGAAAUGCUGAAAAACAUGGAAGCCGAACGAUUACAAAAUAAAAUGACAUAUGAAGAAUACCAGCGUUACAUGGAAGGAUGGCCAUAUCCAAUGCUUGAUCUGGAACAGGCUCCACCAGUUCCAGGCUAUGUACAUGUUUACGAGAAACCAUCACACGAAGAGAUGAGCAAUAACCGAGUGGACGAAUUAAAAGCCAUCGAAUACCCAGAAUCAGAACCAUUACCAGUUGCACAGGCAUUGACCAAUGAUGAUCCUAAAGGGCCAUUAUACAAGAAAAGUGGUUCACAUUACCAUAUGACAAUCUGCCACUUUAAGAUCUGUAACAUGGGCCGUAAACGAGAUACUUACAAUCAAAAAUAUUAAAAUCUGAUGCAGCCUUUGAAUUGUUGAGAAUUUGGAUGUUGACCGCGAACAAACAUCAACGGCAAUCCAAAUACAUUUAUCGCCAAAUUAUAUUUUACUACUCACAAACAAGCAGCAACAACAACAACAUCUUAAUUGAAAAAUCAAAUCGUUUUGGCAUAAUCUACUUUAUGAUGAUCACGUGAAUACCAAUAUUUUUUUUUUGGCGAAUCAAUGUGGACUUCAAAACUCAUCCCUCUCUCUCUCUCUUUCCCUAUACAUACUCUUCAGUAAUCAUAGAUAACGUAAUCGCAUAAUUAAAGAGAUAAAAACCAAUAAAUGUUCGGCGAUAAUGUUCACAGGCACAUUUCAUUUUGUAAUUGUUGAAUGAAUUUAUAAAAAUGUAUUUAUAUUGUACGUUAAUUACCACAGCAGUAUACAUUUAUUUAUAGCAUAUAAGGAUACACACAAAAAGAUCAAAAAAAAAACUAAAAAAAGAAAUAUUCACUCACUUAAAACAAACAAGCAUCUUCUCGAAUUGUGUCUCUUUUUUAUUUUUUUCUUUUGUCUCAAACAUUUUAUUUAUUUAUGAAUUGAGCACGUGAAAUAUGCAAAAAUAAAGAAAACAAAAAUUGUAAGUGCAAAUUAAUGCAUUCUGAAACAUUGAAUAAAUAUUAAAAUAAAUUAGUUCAUUUGAAAUUCAUGCAAAAUCAUCGUCCAAACUCACCGCCACGAAUUCUGUCCAUGCUGUACGAAAAUUUACGUAAGUAAUAAUUUAGUCUGCGAUAAACCACUGUAUCAAUGGUUCGAUUUUGAAAAAUGCGCGCGAGAUUGUAUUUGAUGUGUGUGUGUGUGUGUGUGUGUGUGUGGCACAUUGGACGCACUCAUCGUCUGAGUAAGCUUUCAUUGUCGGAGUAACCAAUUGCAAAAGCACAAAACAGCUGUCAAUUGCGUUGAGCCCGUAAUUUUGUGUGAUAAAUUUUAUAUAUUCAUUCAGAAAAAGGGACACACAAUACAACAAAAAAAAGAAGCGAAAAAAAACGAAACACACAUCAGUAGUCAUGGCUGUCUGCGGUGCACGAAGAACAAGUUCAUGAUUACAUAGACAAUUUCGUUUAUUCGGUAAUUAAAAUGGAAAUCAACUUGCAAUCACUUUGAACGGAUGUCAAUUCGUUGACACGAAAUAAAUCGCCAUUUGAAUCUCACGGCAGCAAAUCGUGUAUUGUUUUGUUUGCGAAUUUGAAACGAAACCAAAAGACAAGAAACCACUGCAAAUACAAAUCUCACGUAAACAAAGUGUGAAAUUUCUGUUUUUUUUUUCUUCAUUCAAACGCCCAAUUGUUUACACCACCAAUCGAAUCAGACACAGCCUCCCGAGUUUGCCAUAUGAUUUUGUUGUUCUGUUAUGGCCAGUGUCAUUAAUUGUCUGAUUAAAGAAACAUUCGCAAUUUGAUCGUGAUUUAAUAUUUCUGUUUCUGCGUCGUUGUUUUUCCUUUCAACUGUUUUUCUUUCUCCGUUGCUUUCAUUUUCGAUUUGAUUCGAAAAUCUAUUUUUGUGUGUGGUUGCAUUUGUGAGUGAAUACCAUUUUUCUCUAACCUAUUUGCCCAAUAAGAAAAUAAGAAAUGGCAUCAACGUUGCAAUUGGAAUUUGCGCAAGCAAUGUCCGAUUUUAAGACAAUGUUUCCUGAUAUGGAACGAGAUGUGAUUGAGGCUGUGCUACGUGCGAAUCAGGGAGCCGUCGAUGCGACCAUCGAUCAACUGUUAGCGAUGUCAACCGAUAAUCAGAACGAAAAACUUCGUAAUGAAUUGGAGCAAAGUGCCUCACCGUCACAGAGAGUGCAAAAUAAAUCGGGAAUUGUAGAAGAGGAUUUAAUUGUACCGCUUAGCUCAACAAAUGUGUCGACAUCAACGAACCGAGUAACUGGUGCGUCGCCAAAAGUGAAAUGUCCAUCGAUUUCGGCAGCGGCCACAUCAUCCGGUAGCGCUCGACCCAUUAAAUCCAAUACAAACAGAUGGGAUCCACCAUUAUUGUGUCCAUUGCCGCCAUCCUUUUUAAGAUUAACACCAAACGAAAAUCGCACGGACUUCGACAUUCCCGACGAACAAUUCGCUAUAAUGCUACAAAAUGAGGAGUUUAUGAAUGAAUUGCGAUGGAAUCAAGAAUUCAUGUUAGCAUUAGAGAAGGAGCAACAAGAGAAAGGACGUAACGUUGAGGAUUUAGUGUUUACAGAGCGAUUAAAACACAUGGGCAAACGAUCGCGCAAGAAAUUCAUGCAACUGGCCAAAGUGUUCACUUGGCAACGCAAUAAAAAACCGGGCGCCGUACGACAUCCCGACUCAUUGCUACUGCAAGAGGAGCACAGUGAUGACGACGAACCGAGACGCAUACCAAAAAAGUAAUUUGUAAUUUUUAAGCGAAUGCAAACGGUUGCGAGUAAACGAGAAAGUGAAAGAGUGAAAGACAGAGAAUGAAGGGGAACAAAUGCACAAGUAUCGAUUUGAUUGAUUUUUGGGAAUUAGUCGGACAAAAACAUGCGACUGGCUGAACACCACACGAACAAAACAAACAAAUAAACCAAAAAGUAUACAUAACCAGAUUUUAAUGGACAGAACCAUGUACAAAAACCAACUGCUUGUUUACUAGAUAAUAGAAACAAGAAAUGCGUAAACGAAAUAGCGCCUCAAGUCAUCACAACCGAAAGAGAAGAAGAAGAAUUAGUGUUUUUUUUAGAUUGAAAACCAAAAAUUAAAAGAAAGAGAACGGACAACAGUCAAACGAAUCACAAAAUAACGGGCUAAGAUCCUAGUUCAUCUUUAGCUAAAGCUAUAAAAACAAAUUUAAAAUUAGACAUAAGAACUACAAUUUACACAAAAAAACAACAACAACUAAAUUCAAUUGGUUCUUUUUAUAUCUUUUUUAUAGUCAAAAGAGUGUUUGAAAUACUGUAUAUGACUACUAACUCUUGUUAGCGUUUGCUUAAUGCUCGAACACACGUUUUUUUUUUGUCUCGUGCAUUAUUUUCUUCUUUUUUUUUAUGAUAUACACUAUACACAUUUAUACAUAUACAUAUACAUAUAUUUCUAUUUUAUUUCGUUUUGUUAAAAUAAAAGUUUGUGAUAUUUUUCUUUUCUCAGUUCAUUUGAUGAAAUUUACAAGGAAUUUUUUUUGCCAGUUUUUUUAUUGCACCUACUUAUUUAUUUUAUAUGUUGAACUCAAAAAAUAAAACAUCGUCAUUUAAUGAUUGCUUUUUGUUCUGCAGAAAUUAAAUUUUUCAAUUAAGAUUAUUAUUCGGUACAUUUAGUUAACAUGUUCAGUCGAGUGGAAAAAGGUCGAUCAACCAAUAAAUAUUUUAUUCUGUUUGGAAAUUGAAAAAAAUGGACAAGUUUGAGUAAAAAAAAAGAAGAAGAAGUAAUUGUGAGUUUAUUCUCACAAGAGUGUGACCAAAAAUGAUUUUUGUUCCCAUUUAGUACCUAGGCAAUUGUUAUUGGUUGCGAAUUCCCAUUCGACAUCAAAUAUAGCGUAAACAAGAAAAAAAAAUGUCCUGUUAAAAUGCUUCAUCGUUUUUCCCUCUAUUACCACUGAAUCGAUGUGAAAUUUAAGAGAGAAAAAAAACGUUUAAUGCAUUCAGUUAAAGAGUUGGAAGAGAUCAUUUAAAUGCGAUUUGAGAUAGUAUUUGAUGGUUUAUUUGACAAUGAAAUAUAGAUUUAGAAAUCAAAUAAUGUUCUGUAACUUCAUAUUGAAACAAAUAAUAAUAAAAUAAAAAUAAUUAUUUCAAUCACAA